ACACAGGACGUGGUUACCGAGCACAACACGGGUCUGAGAAAUGCCACCAAAACUGAAGGCAAAGUCACAAAAGAAAAAGAAAGUGAAGAAGUCGAAGGCUGGGACAGGCUCAGUGGAAGAACGGUUUCGUAAGGCAACUCUUGAGGUAGACGUUUUACAAGACCACCUUGCGUUACAGAAGCAAGUGACACGGCAGGCGCAACAGCGCAAGUAUGAACUACAUGGGAAACUGCAAGAGCUGCAAGAAGAUAUACAAGACGAAAGAGAUGAAAAACAGGCCAUAUAUAAUGAAAUGACACGGCAGCAUCGGGAUCUGGAGAAGCAGAGCUCAGUGCGUAUACAGGAUUUGGAGAAGGAGGUGGCACAGUUAAAGCUGCAGUUGAGCAAUUCCCAGCAAGCCUUUCAGUUGCUUAACGAGGAAUCACAGCGCGUUACCGAGGAGAAAGAGACAGAAAUUGAAGAGUUAAAGAAACAAGUGGAAAGCAUGGAGACAGAAUAUGAGCACAUACUGCAUUCCUCUCUGGAUCAGAUGCUGGCUAGACUCACCCUGGCUGAACAACAGUGGACAAAAGAAUCCGUGACCAUUCAUCAGCAGUACAAGAACAUGCUACAGGACUGUGGACUAAACCCUCUGGACAUCUGAACCCAAAGAAUUCAAGUCAGUGACCUGUUUGUACUUUAGGUCUUGUUCACCCGGUGGAUUUUGCAAAGACUACAUCCACCGUAUAUUCUGCAGCAGAAACUCUUUUGGUUUUACAAUUUGAAUGAAGCAGACCUGCUCACGGUUCGGUUCAGCCCUAUUGGAGUUAAAGCACGUGCAAACACCGCACUAAGAACGGUCAUGUCCAUUCGUGUCGUGGCAAACUGCGGGCGCAUGAACGGCAGCACAACCUCCCAUUGAAGACAAUAGUAGUUGGACUCUGCGCCAAAAAGCUGUCUGGUGGUUGUGCAGAUUCCGCACCAAAGACUCUGCGUGAAGAGGUUCUCCCAGUACAGUAACCUCUGGCAGAUCGCUAGGAGGACAUGUUGUAACUGAUCUAUGUGUGCAGGUUUGUAGACAACAUAAAUUCCGAAUUGUGAUGUAGGCAAUAAUCGUGAGUGUGGAUGUUUCAAUUUACACUUGUUGAGUACUCAAGCCGUAAAACGGACCAUUGAUUGUAACACUGGGUAAAUACACACUGGGCAAAAACAGCUGUCUGCAGAUGAGAUCCAAGUUAUUCUUCAAGCCCUGUUUAAAGAGGACCUGUCACCGCACAAUGCAAUGCAAUCUGAACGCAC